UCUUUUGAACAAGAUGUUCCGAUAUAAUUAGCCAAUCAUGAAUAGCAAAACAAGACUUGUUCGGCUGAUGUGACAAGAUGGCGGAAGAAGAAACAAAGUCAGUUGAUAUACCAAAAGAGAUACUGGCACCACCAGAGGGACCCAGGGAAGAUAUGAUUUCAACAGCUGUUAAAUUUCUGCAAAACCCUAAAGUCAGGAAAAGUCCUUUGCAGCAAAGAAAGGCAUUUCUAGAGAGAAAAGGUCUUACAAAAGAAGAGAUAGAAAUGGCAGUCAAAAGGUCAGGGGUUACAGAGGAGGUCACUGUGGCUGACCACAACACACAGAAUACAGUUGUGCCUUAUGGCUCUCCAGUUACUGGACCUCAAGUCAAUCAACAGAUGGCACCAUACAGUGGGUGGAGCAGAGUACGUGAGAUUCUGUCAGUCAUUGCCUUGGUUGGAGGACUUUCUUAUGCAGCAUACAGGUUUUACAAGGAAGUGAUAGGACCUUUAUUAUUUGGAAAAUCAAAAGAGGAGGAUAGACUGGAGAAAAUGGAGAGAACCAUUACUGAACUACAGCAGAGCAUCGUUACAACCCUGGCUAAAGUACAGGAGUCUUUGACAGUGCUUCAAAGCAUGGUAUCUAAACAGGACGAGAAACUACAGUCGAUCUCUCACGAUGUAUACAAUAAACAGUCCUCAGAGACACUUGCCAGAGUGCAGGAGUCGCAGUUCUCAACAGAAAUCAAAUCAGAACUGACAUCUAUAAAGGGAUUGUUACUAAACAGACGACAGUUUCCACCUACCCCAGUGUCAACACCUGUGUUACCUGCCUGGCAGCUUGCCAGUAGUUCACCUGGUACAGCUACACCAACAAAGACACUAGUGACACCUGGUGGAGACAGGGAGGUGUCAGAAGAUGCACUUCUAAAUAGCAAUGAGAAAGACAAGUCAGAGGAGGAUCAGAAGCCAGUGGAAGUACAGUACAGCUCCACCAGUAUGGCUGACUCCACCUCCCCGAGGAAGGAUUCGCUGAACCGUGACAUGAACUCAGCAGAAGACAGUCCUGUUAUUCAGCAGGAUGAUGAGGAAGUGGAUUAAAGCGUAGACAAUCAAUCUGUGAUAUGUUAGGACUCCGUGAUUAUACAAGGACCCAGUCAGUGUUUUAAUUCUUAUGAGAUGUUAAAAUGAAUGCAGUGUUUGUUUUAAAACAUGAAUAAUGAAUUGUAAUUGCCCAUAUGUAAUUGUUCAUUAACAUACAAUUUUUAUAAAAUC